AUGGUGGCGUCGGGCGUCGGGGUCAAGAAGAGCCAGCGUGCCUCUCUGGGCUCGCUGCUGGCGCUGCUCGACGAGCUGCGAGACGCGUGCGUCAUGGCGGAACUGCCCGCGAUGCUGCUGCGCGUUUGGAGCGCGGCCGGGCUCGACGCGAUGCACCAGCGAAAGGAGCGGUCUCAGAGGCGGGCGCUGGCUCCUUUGCAAGGCACGGCCCGGGACCGCGGCGACGAGGGCGUGGCCGACGCUGGAGGACAGGGCGCCGGAGGUGGCGAUUCGAGCGCGAUGCGGCUGCCGUCAGAGGUGAGCUCGCUCGUAGAGGUGGCGACGGCCUUUUCGACAGAGUACGCUGCGCGCGAGCGUGCAGCGGCGGGCUCCGAGCGCUCGCUCUUUGCCCUCUGCCGCACGUAUGUCCUCGACCACGCCGCAGAGCUGCAGCUGUCGGCGCUGCCCGACUGCGUCGUGGACGAGCUGUUUGCAUCUCGUGGCCGCGGGCGGAGCGUGAUGCGCGCUUUCCUCACCGAGGUCGCGAUGCGCAGCUCGGCGGCGGAUGCGCAGGACGCGGCAGCCGAGGGGUCGUCGAAGGUUUCUAUCAGCACGAUCCACCGAGCGAAAGGACUCGAAUGGUGCGACGUCUACGUGCCUUUCCUCAACGACGGCCUGCUGCCGAUGGGCUACCGCGAGGAGACGGGCAACACGGCGCAGCGGCACAAGCCGCAGUGUGCCGCGAGGCGCGCCAAUGGCCAUUGCGACCUCAACUGCGCUCGCGCGUACAGAGAGGCCGACGCGCACGCGCGAGGGACGCCUGAGGAGCGUCACGCUGACGAGGAGCGGCGACUCGCCCACGUCGCAGCGACACGUGCCAAGGACCGGCUCGUCUUCAUAACGGUGCAGCUCCGCCGCGAGGGAGCUUUCGCUGCACGGAACGCGAUGGAGCCAUCGCCGUACGAGAGGAGCCUUCGCGCAGCACUGCCCGAGGAGACUCUCGUGACCAGGGUGCGCGGGGAGCUGCAGGAUGCGGAGGAAUAG